UAAGGAAAACUGAAAACAAAAAAUUAGCCAACCCAUCGUUGUCAUCAUCUUAUUAUUUUUUUUUUCCAAAAUCCAAAUUAAUUAAUUUGGAUAUAUUAUUCCUAAUAAAUUAAUUCCUAAAUUUAUUUAUAAUCAACUAUUUCCACCAUAAUGCUUAAUCAAAUAAAAGUACUUCUUUUAAGCUUUAUUGGUUUAUUUCGUCGAGCAUUGUGUUGUUUUUCCCGGCGCCGAAAAACCUCACUAUCCGAAUCGGAAUCCCUACAAUGUGUAAAUGUUGUUGCUGCUGAUAAUAACUAUCAUUUAAAGAAAUCUAAUCAAGGACAAGAACGCGAUUGGAAUUCUUGGGAUGAUGCUCCACGGACAGUCGAAGAGCAUAUUGAACAGUAUAGACAGAAAAUAGCUAAACCACCAACUCCAAAAGAUGAAGAACCUGAACCAGAUUUCUUUAGUGAAAUGGCACCUAAAAUCAAGCCACAAUUAAAAGUUUAUCUAGGUCAAGACAAGGAACAAGAUAAACGUGAUUUCUCUAGAUUAGAAGCGAAAUCAGAUGUUCCAAUUACUGUAAAUGCUGAUUUAGAAGACUGGGAAGAAGAAGAUCCUGGUGGUUGGGAAGAACUUGACACUGAAACUACCAAAAAACUAAUUCGAGAGAAACGAAAGGAAUUGCGCCAUCAAAAGAAUGCUAAUCAAAAAUCGAAAAACAAUGGAAUUGCAAAUGAUAGUCCUAGGCAUGAGAAUUUUGCAGCAAGAAUUGGUUCCAGGCAAACGUAGUAGUAAUAUUUGAUUGGAAGAAUAAUAGUAGAAGAAGUUUAUUUAGAUUUUAAGCAAGUAUUGUUUUUGCCGUUUUUUUGUUUUUUUUUUUUUGUUUUUGAGUGUUUAUUGUAAUUUUAUUCGUUCUUCUUUUUUGUUGAUUGAAUGCUUAAGUGGUGCUUUUUGUCUAAAAAACAAAAUUUCAGAUCUUUAUUUGCCAGUUUAGGGAUUUUGAUUUGUUUAAAGUCUAUCUCUGGCAAGUGUACUUUUCUAUGUACAAAAGGCAUACAGCUAAUGACUAUGAUAGUCAUGGCGGAAAUGUUCGUCUUUAGUUACGUUUCUAAUUCAGUCUGCUUCUUAGCGUAGCGAUUUGUCCUAGUACUGUUAAGCAAUACCAUUUGUAUUCCGUAAGAAUAAACUCCAGAAUGCUUUCUGUCGCUGUUGUCCCCAUCAAA